AUGGCUACUGCUAUGCAAGCCACUGCGGAGGCUUUUGGACAACAGAUAAACAAUAAUGGCAAUGGCAGAAGGGAAGCUCAGGGCCCGAUGACACUGGCAACUUUCUUAAAGGUUAAUCUACCUAAGUUCAAGGAAACCACCAAUCCGACUGAAGCUGAUACUUGGUUUCAGGCCAUGGAGCGAGCACUGCAAGCGCAGACGGCCAAAGAAUUAGAGUUACUGCAGCUGAAGCAAGGCGCUAUGUCCGUAUCUGAGUAUACAGAAAAAUUCGAGGAGCUAUUCUGGUUUUCCCGCAUGUGUCAGGGAGCUCCGGGAGACUUUGAGGAAUGGAAAUGCAUUAAGUAUGAAGGAAGACUCCUGAGCAACAUCUUAAGUUCAGUGGGACCAAUGGAGAUCCGAACUUUUUCAAAGUUGGUGAAUAAGAGCAGAAUUGCUAAAGAGAGUGUGAAAAGGAGGGUUGUAGAGAAAGGACGUCAUAGAGAGAACAAUCAGGGAUUCACACCAAGGGGUCGAGAGUUUAAGGAGAGAGGAUACAUACAAUAA